AGAAUGGCACCAGAAGAGAAGCCCAGGAAGAGGAGCCGCGUUCUCAAGGAGCUGGGGGCCUGCCAUGUUGUCAUCGCUCUGCUGUACUUGUCCCUUGGGGGUUACCUGGUUGCUGCCGUCCAGAGCCUUCACCUGGUGGUGCUGAAGUCUUGGUAUCCAUUCUGGGGAGCUGCCUCUUUCUUCAUUUCAGGGAUCUUGGCGAUAACAAUGGAGACGUUUCAGAAAAAUUAUCUGAAGGUGUGCCUGAUAGCAAACACCGUCAGCUUCUUCUGUGUGCUGGCUGGCCUCUUUGUCAUUGCCAAGGAUCUCUUUCUGGAGAGUCCAUUUGACUUCCCCAUCUGGAAACCGUACCCCAGUGACACUGUCCACAUCCAGAGGCUGGAGUUGGCCCUGCUCUGUCUCACCUGCCUGGAGUUCUUCCUGCCGGGGCUCAUGGCCAUCAUGGCCUAUAGGGAUACCCACCUGUCUGCAGAGAAGGAUGACCUGUCCCUUAUUCCUGACACACCACUGGAGUUCAGGGGGCCGCCGAUGACGCCUCCACCAUCCUAUGAGGAUGUGACUCGAGGCAACGUGCAGGGCGAACAAGAGCAGAGGUAA